AUGGCCGACGAACAUCAAGCUACCCGCGCAGGCCCAGUAACGCUCGUGAUCGAUCCUGAAGGUGAUCUGUACAUGCUGUUCGAUAGUGGAAGUCUUCUGGUUUCCCGCAAAGCUCUCUCGCUCAGCUCCCCGGUCUUUCUUGCCAUGCUCGGGGCGAAUUCGAAGUUCAGAGAGGGAACAGACAUGACUCUCGCUCAUAAUGGUGUUCAAAUUGUCUCAUUCGAAGAUGACAACUUCGAAGCCAUGACUACUAUAGCCAGAAUAAUCCACCUUCAAAGCGACAAUGUCCCAGCCACAGUGACAUUCAAGCAGCUCUAUCAGGUGGCAGUAAUGUGUGAUAAGUACGAUCUGAAGAGAUGUCUCGGGCCUUGGACAAAGAUUUGGGCGACCCCGUACCUCGACUGCUAUGCGAGGCAAGGAUACGAAGAAUGGCUCUUCAUGUCCAUAGUCUUCCAGUACGAUGGUCUCUUCAAGGAGGUCACGCGACAUCUUGUCAUCAACUCAGAAAUGUCUGAGCAAGGCACGCUCGUCACCACGACUGGUUUCGACAUUGGCGAAGGCGUAUCUUCGACCAUCUUAGAGCGAAUCACCAAGUCUAGAGCAGAAACGAUGUUCGAGGUCCAGGACCUUUACUGGCAGGAAUUCUGCAAGUUGCGAGCCAGUAAUACGGCACGCGUCUGCAAGGUCGGUGGUUUAAAUGUGGCAAAAUGCGAUGCUCUCAACCUUGGAAGCCUAUAUCAGCAAUUUCCAGAACUUCAGGAUCCUCGACAAACCUCCGGCGCCUGCCGUAAGACUGUCAAAAGCAUGAUUGAGGCUCACGCAGGCAUUUUGGAAUUGAGCGGGGCGCUGAUCUUCAAAUUCGGCGACCAUAGGCCUUGCGCUGUGGGUUCACGUCUCGCAGCUGACGCGAGGAAGUUGCUUGACGCUGUGCAAGGGCUGGACUUAAGUGACAUUGUCGGAGGCUCGUUGGGAGGACUCUUUGCCGCCAUCGUACUGAAGCGUCUCGGUCACGUUGUGCGCAUAUUCGAGCGCAACCCUAGCCCACUAUUACAAAAUCAGGGCGCAGGGGUAGUCGCAGGAGGUGAUACACAGACCUUCUUCAACAAGUAUGACGCUACAAGGCGGCCGAUUGCCGUUACAAGCAAACUACGACAGUACCUGGAUCAGCAGGGAAACCAAAUCCAUGAAGAGGACACCGUUCAGAAGAUGACUAGUUGGGACCUGCUUUAUUAUCUACUGAGAGCGAACUUCGAUGGCGUCGAGAGUGGCUAUUGCAAAGUUCCUGAGCCGUUUGAAACUGAUGGUCAAUGCGCGUACGAGUACGACCAUAUGGUGAAGAAUGUCAAAGAUAUUGGUGAGCAGGUUGAAUUGGAAUACGAAGACAAAAGGGGCCAGGUCGAUAAGACCACGGCAGACUUGAUCAUCGGCGCGGAUGGACCCAGCUCGACUUUACGCAAGAUCCUACUACCAGAUGUGAAAAGGGAUUAUGCAGGCUACGUAGCGUGGCGAGGAACAGUACCCGAACAAAAGGCAUCGCCUUCGGCCAAAGGGACGUUUGUCGAUAAAUUUACUUUCUACCAUUCCCGAGGCACGCAGAUAUUAGCCUAUGUUAUACCAGGAGAGAAUGGAACCCUUGAACCAGGCGAGCGACUGAUCAACUGGGUCUGGUAUUGCAACUAUCCGGAAGACUCGACAGAAUACAAGGAAGUCAUGACGGACUCUGAUGGGAAGACUCAUCAUGUUACAGUACCAAUCGGGAAAAUGAGGAAUGAGGUACUAGAGCACCAAAGGCAGUGUGCCAAAAAAAUGCUACCACCCCAAUUUGCAGAGAUCGUCUGCGACACGAAGCAGCCGUUUAUCCAAGCUAUCACAGAUGCGAUUUCACCGAGGAACUCCUUCUUUGACGGGAAGCUUUUGCUGAUCGGAGAUGCCGUUGCAGGCUUCCGACCGCAUACAGCUGCCAGCACGAGCCAAGCUGCAUUCGAUGCGCAGAAGAUGCAUGAGCUGAUGAACGGUGAAAUCGGACUGGACCAGUGGGAGGUGGAGACGAUGAAUUUCGCGAAACACAUGCAAGGGCGAGGGGUGGAGAUGGGUCAGAGGAGUCAAUUUGGGCAUCACCCUCUAGCUCAGACGUUGGAAGGUGCAGAGGGCCAAGUUGGACUGACCGAACCUCGACUCAGCCAUAAGCGCUCCAAAUCUGCUCUGGCCAGGUCGCUGCUUCACCGAGACAAAUCGAAGAGUAUCGACACCGACGGCGAGUCUAGUAUUGCAGGUUCCGAGGCCGGCUCCGAACCCCCCUCUCCUACGAUAGGCGCCCCGUCAAGCCACCACUCCUUUGGAGGCCUUCGAUCUUCUCGUCACAAAGCGAAGACAUCGAGCGGUGUUGCUGGUAUGGACAUCUCAAGUCCCAGCACCGCUGCUUUGACUCGAGACGCUGCUGCUAAACAACAAGACACUGGCCCUACGAUCCAGCAAUCCGUCCGAAUGUUCAAGUUGUUUGAGAUUCUACGAAGUGGAGACAGUGCAGCAAUUGCCAAAGCUGUCACCGAAACAUCUACUAUGCCCACCAUCAGCGAGGAUGCUGAGAAGGGUGCAGCAGCUGGGACAGGGACCUUGGAUGGUACAACGAUCCUACACUUAGCCAUCCAGUGUGCCGAUCCCCCUGUGGUUGAGCAGAUAUUAUCUGUUGCCAAGACUACGCCAGGAGCUAGCAUAGAUAUCAAUGCCCGAGAUCGCGAUGGGAACACCCCACUUCAUCUCGCUUCUAUGCUUGGACGGCCUACCACUGUACGCCUACUACUAGACCAAGCAGAUGUCAAUGAUUCUCUCCUGAACUACCAAAGCCGCUCUGCUUUAGACCUUGCUAAGACACCAGACAUCUUUCAGCAGUUACAACUUUCUCGCUCAUUGUUCGUCGAUACCACUGUCAAAGACAUCCAGAAGCUCGUCAGCAAGCAAAACUAUGAUCAGCUCCAAGCUACCCUUCAGGACUCACGUGUUGAGACUGUCCUUGACGUCAAUGGUGGAGAGCUUGCAACAGAUCCCAGUACUGUUGAAAGUGGAGGCACACUACUACAUGAAGCCGCGCGCAAAAGGGAUACCACGCUGAUACAGUUGCUGCUAAUGCACGGAGCCGACCCUUUUCGUCGAGACCGCAGGGGCAAACUCCCUCAAGACGUCACAAAAGAUGACAGGACACGAAGUAUCCUAAGAAAGUCGCCUGCUGCAGCUGCAGCUCAGAGAGGCAUCCAAGAGAAAGCAAUCCUAGGUAGCGGUUCGGCUCAAACCCCAGAUAACGCGCCUGGCGGGAAGGACGCUCGAGAGAUGAAAGGCUACUUGAAGAAGUGGACAAAUUACACAAGUGGAUAUAAGUUGAGAUGGUUCGUCUUGGAGGAUGGGGUGCUAAGUUAUUAUAAGCAUCAGGAUGACGCUGGCUCAGCGUGUCGUGGAGCCAUCAACAUGCGCAUUGCCAAACUCUAUAUGGACCCCAAAGACAAGACCAAUUUUGAGAUACAGGGGAAAUCAUCCGUUAAGUAUCAUCUCAAAGCAAACCAUGUCGUGGAAGCCAAGAGGUGGUUUUGGGCACUGAAUAAUGCGAUUCAGUGGACCAAAGACGAAGCUAAAGAGUCUGAGAGGCAGAAACAACGAAAGGAAGGGAUGCUACGCCAAGCUAAAGCGGGACAAUUGCCACAGCUCGCGGAUGAAUCGAAGGAGCUCGGAACAACAGAUGCAUCUAGGCUUAGCGGCAAAGGUCUUGCCCCUGCCACCGCAGUGGGUGUUCCUCUUACAGCGUCUUCAUCACGAUUAUCAUUCCAAGAGUCCACGUACGGGGAUGAAGAGGGCUCAAUGUACGAUUCGUACGAACCCGGCGCUGCGGACAGGGAACUAGCCCGUUCAGUAAGGGGGGCACAGACCACCACAAUCGCGGGUGACCUGGACGACGAGGAAGAAUAUGGAGAUGACGCGAGUGAUCACGAGAUCCAACCUCUUAGCAAGGACGCGUUCAAUAUCACUGCCCACUCAGCCAGUCUCCAGCUAAGGCUUCUUGCCCAAGUUUCGGCAGCGCUGCAAGCGGAAGGCUCUAAAGACCACGCCGUUUCGAUCUCUGAUUCUACGGUCAAACAGGCUCUUUCGACCUAUGAAUCUGCAGUUGCUAGUCUCCAAGGCCUGGUUGGUGACCUGCUUAAGAUCUCUCGUGACCGGGAUGCGUACUGGCAAUACAGGUUAGAUCGGGAAGCAGAUGUGCGAAGGCUAUGGGAAGAUAGUAUGGCCCGGGUCGCAAAGGAGCAGGAAGAGCUUGAGGGCCGCAUUGGCGAGUCAGAAGAGAAACGAAAACGAACAAAGCGAGCCCUGAAAGAGGCUUUGGAAGGGACUUCAGACUCUGUUGCGCCAAGCAGAGGCAUGUCUCAAGACGAAGGUCAAAUUUCAGCAACCCUCGAAAAUAUUCAACUCGACCAACGAAGCCCUGCUCGUCCUCGUACAAAAUCGAUUGGCUUCAGAGAUCAAGGGAGGAGGAAGUCUACAAUUGCAGAUCUCACGAAUCUCUCCGAUUCAGAUUCCGAUGAAGACGAGGAAUUUUUCGAUGCUGUAGAUGCAGGGGAGGUGGAAGUCAUAGAUGUGAUGCCACCGUCGAGUCCGCUAGCCCUUCCUGAGGACGAUGCAACAGAUCAGAAAACUUCCGAAGAUGGAGAUCUGCGUGAGAAAAAGUUGGCAGAUAUCAAGGCCUCGUUCAAAGGAUACGAAGAUCCCAUCCGCAAACGAUUCAAGAUGGAAGCUGACAAUAGACCAAAAAUCUCUCUCUGGGGCAUUCUCAAAUCCAUGAUUGGAAAAGACAUGACCAAAAUGACACUACCGGUGUCCUUCAACGAGCCAACUUCCUUAUUGCAACGGGUGACAGAAGAUAUGGAAUACACCGAUCUAUUGGACACAGCAGCUGAUCGAGCCGACUCGACCGAGCGCAUGGUCUACGUUGCAGCGUUCGCUGCGAGUGAAUAUGCAUCAACCAUUGGCCGUGUUGCCAAACCUUUCAAUCCGUUGCUCGGUGAGACUUACGAAUAUGUGAGACCAGACAAGGGCUACCGCUUCUUCAUCGAACAAGUCAGCCAUCAUCCACCCAUUGGCGCAGCGUGGGCUGAAGCGCCGAAAUGGGACUACUAUGGCGAAUCAGCAGUCAAGUCCAAAUUCUACGGCAAGUCCUUUGAUAUCAACCCCCUCGGCACCUGGUUCCUCAAACUCCGCCCUACAACUGGUGGUGAAGAGCUUUACACCUGGAAAAAGGUUACCUCCUCCGUGAUCGGCAUCAUCACCGGCUCACCCACAGUCGACAACUACGGCCCCAUGGAAAUCAAGAACUGGAGCACCGGCGAAGUCUGCACGCUCGAUUUUAAGCCUCGGGGCUGGAAAACAUCAUCGGCGUAUCAGGUCAACGGCAAAGUGACAGGCAAGGAUGGCAAGACAAAGUGGAGCAUCGGUGGUCGGUGGAACGACAAGAUCUAUGCUCGCUUGACCCCAGGCUUCGAAGAUUCAGAGCUCAAACCUGGCAAGUCCCACGAACCAGGCUCCAAUCAAGCCUUCCUGGUCUGGGAAGCCCACCCGCGUCCCCCAAAUAUCCCAUUCAACCUAACCCCCUUCGUCGUAACAUUCCAAAACCUCCCUCCCAACCUCCGGCCCUACCUCCCGCCCACCGAUACCCGUCUUCGCCCCGAUCAGCGCGCUAUGGAAGACGGCGAGUACGACGUCGCUGCUACCGAGAAGAAUCGGGUAGAAGAGAAGCAGAGGGCUAAGAGGAGGGAGAGAGAGGCUAGGGGAGAGGAAUUUGUGCCGAAGUGGUUCAGUAAGGGGAGGUGUGAGGUUACUGGGGAGGAAUAUUGGGUCACUAAUGGGCGAUAUUGGAGGGUGAGGGAUGAGGUGGGGAGUGGCAGUGGGAGGUGGGAGCAGGUAGGGGUUGACGAUAUCUUUGGGAAGGAUGAGGAGGAGAAGGAGAGGUAA